AUGAAAAACAGACUAGGAAUUGAGUUUGUUGCUAGUGAGCGGUUCGCCGGCGAACUGGCUGUGGAAACGGUGGGGCCACAAACACCGAAAACGACACCACGAAGGGAUUCAAUGGCACCCAAAAUUAUAGUAUGUCCGCCUGUGGAGGAAAUUAAUCAACCAAUAACUCCGAAACGCGGUACGAGAUUAUUGAAAGCCAUCAGCAAACGUUUAUCUAGAAGAUCAACUGACGGGGAUUCCUUGGGCAGUUCGAGUAGUAACGACAGCAUGUCUUGUGAAAAUGGUCGCUUGGAUGACCCGUCAUCAUGUUCAGCCAGUGACUCCAGCAGCGACGACUCCGAACGUCACCGCCGUCAUCGCUCCACAGUUUCAUUACGGAAAGUUUUCCAAAAUUUGAACCUUAGUCGCUCCCAAUCCUGCUCACCAACAGAUCGCCAGAGGCAGCCGAAAAAACAAUCCCAACCUAAACGCAUACUGCGACCACCAGUCACUUACACAUAUGUUAGAGGUCUAUCCGGCUUACCAACACAGAGAGUACCAAGAUACCCGGUUUACUGCGCUUCUUCAGGCUUAAACCGAUAA